AUGGAACUUCUCGGUGUAGCCAGCAAUCAGAACCGCAAGCCACAAUCACCACCGCCGCCGUCGCAUCGAGGAGAAAAGGACUUCCGCAUCCCCAUUAAGCACGUGGCUAACGCGAGAGAACGGACCCGAACAGCCAGCGUCAACGACGCCUUCGUCAUGCUCCGCCGCCUAAUUCCCACAGAGCCUCUGAACCGCAAAUUAUCAAAAAUCGAAAUCCUCCGCCUGGCGACCUCGUACAUCUCUCACUUGAAUUCCAUCCUCGCCACGGGGAUUCCAGCCCCCGAGCAGCCCUGCUUGCGGCAUCUCAAGACCGCGUGCGGUGGACAGCGCCAGCAACAGCGACCAGCCAUCUGCACCUUCUGCAUGAACGAAUUCAAGCAGCACCAAAAGGAACUUGAGACGCAAAAGUGA